AUGAGCACGAGAAGUGGACCGAGAGCUGAUCUCAAGGAGAAGCUUCAGCGUUUGCAUGAGUAUUCGGCUUGUGAUGUUUCGGACGCAUUGCUUAAGCUUCGGAAAGCAAAACCGGGUGAGGUUGCAAGGGCCGGAUAUCUUGCAGAUAUUACAUUACCUCGGAGUACUACAGAAAGCAAUGAAGCCAGCGGCAAGGUGAUUGCACCUGCCUGUACAUUGAAGCUGGUGCCCAAACACUCUCUCCCAGAGUCCACCCCUCCAGCUGAAAACACCGUUCCAAAGGGAGGUCACUGGGUAGACCUAACAGAACCUGAUACCAUUGUUGUCAUUGACCAACCUGAAGGACAAAAGUGUGCCGCGGUUGGCGGCAUCAUGGCACAAAGAAUGAAGGUUAGGGGAGUGGCGGGCUGCGUUGUCGGUGGUCGUGUGAGAGAUGUGACUGAGCUGAGAAAUUCGCAACUCCCAAUAUUUGCUUUGGGCCGAUCCACGGUUGGGACCAAUGCCGAAUCAUUGGUGUAUGCUCGCAACAUUCCUGUCUCUAUCACCGGCGUCAGUGUUUCUCCAGGUGACAUCGUCUUUUGUGAUCUUCUUGAGGGCGUGGUAGUCAUUCCACAGGAACUGCUUGAUGAAACUUUGUUGUUGAUGCCAAAGCUGGUGGCAGCUGAUGACAAAGUCAAAGAUGCUGUACUAGGCGGAAUGUCCGUUGCAGAGGCUUUCAAGACUUUCAGAGGAUGA